GCGCUGCGACACAAAGGGCAACAGGGGAAAAAGAAGUUGGACUGGCGACCGCGCGUUUAAUCCCAACGUUUAGAGCUCUUGUCUAGAGGACUCGAAAAAAAUAAACAGAAGAGGAGCUAUUUAAAGCGGCGAUGUUUGUCCACACUCACUCGUCCACAACUUGAAUCCCGACAGGAGUUUGUAAUCUCACUCAGACCUGCAAUAUCCGAACAAAUGGUGUAAAGUGAAUUUGGCGGGCAGAUGAAUUUUGCAUUUUUGGAUUCCGUUACUUAAGAGAGGAGAAUCUCAACUGAAAUUAUUGAUGAGAUUAAAAUACCGUAAGAUGGUGAUGGCACGCGGAGGUUGUAGGUGUAACUGUCGUACAAGAAUCUGGUGUAAGCCAAGAACUUCAGACUGGUGGGAACGUGUGGUUAUGAAGGACUUUCAGCCAAAUGAUUGGCUGGAAAAUUUCAGAAUGUCUAAGGAAACAUUUUUUCAUAUUUGUAAUAAGCUGAAACCCAUGGUUUCUCGUCGAAACACUCACCUUCGUCCUGCACUCCCCUUGGAAAAGAGAGUUGCAGUAGCAUUUUGGCGACUUGCUACUAAUGUAGAAUAUAGAAUUAUUAGUCAUUUGUUUGGGAUAGGUCGAUCAACUGUCUGUAAAUGCGUAAGAGAGGUUUGUCAUGCCAUUGUGUCUCUCUUAAAGCCUCUGUAUCUCAAAAUGCCCUCUAAUCAAGAAUAUGAAACAAUAGCUCAGAUGUUUGGUCGAAAAUGGGACUUUCCCCAAUGUGUAGGUGCCAUUGAUAGUUGCCAUAUACCUAUCAUUGCCCCUCCACAGUAUCACAAAGAUUACCUAAACAAACAAGGGUGGCAUUCAGUUGUGUUACAAGGUGUAGUUGAUGACAGUGGGAAAUUUUGGGAUGUAUGUACUGGAUUUUCUGGGAGUUCUCUUGAUACAAAAAAUCUGAGGAAUUCUGCUCUAUGGAGACUGGCUACUGAAGGAAGGCUGUUCCCUGACUGCUCAAGAGAUAUUCUGAGAACACCAGUGAAAUACCUGCUGAUAGGCAGUUCUUCAUAUCCACUACAGGAGUGGCUCCUGAAGCCAUAUUCUGAAACAGCAAAACUAACACAGCAUCAACUUGUGUUUAACUACAGGUUAAGCCAAGCUCACACUGUGAUAGACGAUGCAUUUGGACGACUCAGAGCUCGUUGGCAAUGUCUUCUCAAGAGGAAUGACUGUAGCCUUGAACUUAUUCCAACAAUGAUCACUGCCUGUUGCAUUCUUCAUAAUAUCUGUGAAAAGCAUAAUGAUAGUUUUAAUAAUGACUGGAGGGGUGUUCUUAGGCAGGAGGAAUUUCCUCAGCCAAAGCAAGUAAUGUCAGAUAAUACAGUCGAUAGGCAAGCCGAAGAAAUUCGUCAGGUAUUGUCUACAUACUUUAUGAGUCAAGGGGAGAGCUAACUGUUAGCUUGAGUUUGUCACAAUAGCAUUUAUGUAAAUAAUGUAAGAUAUAUUUUCAAUAUGAUUUUCAUCAUUGGUUAGGAAUGCCUUGGUAUUGUAUACUGAUAUGCUGUAGCAAUAAACCUGUAAUGCUAUUUCCUUUUUU